AGCCCAAAUCCUCCGUCGCCCACAACUCGUCCGCAAACCAGCCGUAGUGUGUGUUUUUCUUGUGCUACCCACUCCCACUCUUGGGAUACAUAUAAAAGUGCCACCCCGCCAUCCCCCAAAAAAAAGAGCCUCAUAGAGGAGUGAAAUUUUAAACAAGUGUUACCUAAGCCCAAACCGCAAAGAAACCACAACAAAAAGGGAGCAGUAGUUGAAGGUUGCGGCAAAAUGGCCCAGUUUGUGACCCACAUCCAGCCCACGCUGAUGGAGGCGUCCCAAGGUCAUGUGCCCCACCACCACGGACAUCAGGUGGGUGUGCAGCACUCGUCGCAUCUGCCCCACAGCGGCCACAACAUGCCCUCGCCGCCCACCCACAAUCACCAUCAUGCCCACGGACAUGGUCAUCAUACCAGCAGCGGUGGUCAUCAUGGAGGAGCAGGUGGCCAUUCGCAGAAGCAGGCAGCACAUCAUAGCACCACCUCCGGCACCACCUCCGGCCACGCCUCCAAGGGACAGCACCACAGCCCGCCCUCGAGGAUCCAUUCACCACCGACGGAGCACCAUCCGGAUCAUAUCGGUCACUACGAGUACUUCCAGCAUCAGCACGAGCAGAUCUUCCACCAUGAAGGAGCAAACGGUGGCGCCAGCCACAAGCAACAGACCCACCACCAUCCCAACAAGCACGAGCACUGCCCCACAGGACACCAGAGUGCGGGCGAUGGAAACACUUCCUUCCUGCGUGCCGCUCGUGCCGGAAAUCUGGAGCGAGUGCUCGAGCAUUUGAAGAACAACAUUGACAUUAACACCAGCAAUGCGAAUGGCUUGAAUGCCCUGCACCUGGCCUCCAAGGAUGGCCACAUCCACGUCGUCUCGGAACUCCUUCGUAGGGGCGCGAUUGUGGAUAGUGCCACCAAAAAGGGAAACACCGCCCUCCACAUCGCCUCAUUGGCUGGACAGGAGGAGGUGGUGAAGCUACUGCUGGAGCACAAUGCCUCUGUGAAUGUGCAAUCCCAGAAUGGAUUCACUCCACUGUACAUGGCCGCUCAGGAGAACCACGAUGCGGUGGUGCGUCUCCUUUUGUCCAACGGAGCCAACCAGAGUCUGGCCACCGAGGAUGGCUUCACCCCACUGGCGGUGGCCAUGCAGCAGGGUCAUGACAAAGUCGUUGCUGUCCUCCUUGAGAGUGAUACUCGUGGAAAGGUCAGGCUUCCUGCGCUGCAUAUUGCCGCCAAAAAGGACGACGUCAAGGCAGCGACUCUGCUUCUCGAUAAUGACCAUAAUCCGGACGUGACUUCCAAGUCGGGCUUCACCCCGCUGCACAUUGCUUCCCAUUAUGGUAACCAAAACAUCGCCAACCUACUCAUCCAGAAGGGCGCCGAUGUCAACUACUCGGCCAAGCACAAUAUCAGUCCGCUGCAUGUGGCUGCAAAGUGGGGCAAGACCAACAUGGUUUCCCUGCUCCUGGAGAAAGGUGGUAACAUCGAGGCAAAGACCCGGGACGGACUUACCCCGCUCCAUUGCGCCGCGCGCUCGGGUCAUGAGCAAGUAGUGGACAUGCUACUCGAACGAGGAGCUCCCAUCUCUGCCAAGACCAAAAAUGGUUUGGCACCCCUCCAUAUGGCCGCCCAGGGUGAGCAUGUGGAUGCCGCCCGCAUCCUCUUGUACCAUCGUGCUCCCGUCGACGAGGUGACAGUGGACUAUCUCACUGCCCUGCAUGUGGCUGCUCACUGUGGUCAUGUUAGGGUGGCUAAGCUUCUACUGGAUCGAAAUGCUGAUGCCAACGCAAGGGCUUUGAAUGGAUUCACUCCACUGCACAUUGCCUGCAAGAAGAACCGCUUGAAGGUGGUGGAGUUGCUCUUGCGACAUGGUGCCAGCAUUAGUGCCACCACGGAGAGUGGACUUACUCCGCUCCAUGUGGCCGCCUUCAUGGGCUGCAUGAACAUUGUCAUCUAUCUGCUGCAGCAUGAUGCCAGUCCCGAUGUGCCCACUGUGCGCGGUGAAACGCCACUCCAUCUGGCCGCCAGAGCCAACCAGACCGACAUCAUUCGCAUCCUGCUGCGCAAUGGCGCCCAGGUGGACGCACGUGCCCGAGAGCAACAGACACCGCUGCACAUCGCUUCGCGACUGGGUAAUGUGGACAUCGUGAUGCUCCUGCUGCAACAUGGCGCCCAAGUGGACGCAACCACCAAGGACAUGUACACGGCACUUCACAUCGCAGCCAAGGAGGGCCAGGAUGAGGUGGCCGCUGUACUAAUUGAUAACGGCGCCGCCUUGGAUGCCGCCACCAAGAAGGGAUUCACUCCACUUCACUUGACGGCCAAAUAUGGACACAUUAAGGUCGCCCAGUUGCUGCUCCAAAAGGAGGCGGAUGUGGAUGCGCAGGGCAAGAAUGGUGUCACCCCAUUGCAUGUGGCUUGCCACUACAAUAACCAGCAGGUUGCCUUGUUGCUUCUGGAGAAGGGAGCAAGUCCACAUGCCACGGCCAAGAAUGGACAUACCCCGCUCCAUAUUGCCGCAAGGAAGAACCAGAUGGACAUAGCUACUACUCUAUUGGAAUAUGGCGCUUUGGCCAAUGCCGAGAGCAAGGCCGGAUUUACUCCACUCCAUUUGAGCAGCCAGGAGGGUCAUGCCGAGAUCUCCAAUCUGCUGAUCGAGCACAAGGCCGCCGUCAAUCAUCCGGCCAAGAAUGGUCUAACACCCAUGCAUCUGUGUGCCCAGGAGGAUAAUGUGAAUGUGGCCGAGAUUCUGGAGAAGAACGGCGCCAAUAUCGACAUGGCCACCAAGGCAGGCUACACUCCCUUGCAUGUGGCCUCUCAUUUCGGCCAGGCCAACAUGGUGCGUUUCUUGCUGCAGAAUGGAGCCAAUGUGGAUGCGGCCACCUCGAUUGGCUAUACUCCGCUCCAUCAGACCGCCCAGCAGGGUCAUUGUCAUAUUGUGAAUCUCCUGCUGGAGCACAAGGCCAAUGCCAAUGCCCAGACGGUCAAUGGACAGACGCCUUUGCACAUUGCCCGCAAACUGGGCUACAUAAGUGUCCUGGACUCGUUGAAAACCAUCACCAAGGAGGACGAAGCAGCUGCUGCUCCGGCCCAAGCCGAGGAGAAGUAUCGCGUGGUGGCUCCCGAGGCCAUGCACGAGUCCUUCAUGUCCGACUCCGAGGAAGAGGGCGGCGAAGACAAUAUGCUAUCAGAUCAACCAUACCGCUAUUUGACCGUUGAUGAAAUGAAAUCCCUAGGCGACGACUCGCUGCCCAUCGAUGUGACCCGUGAUGAGCGCAUGGACUCCAACCGGAUGACCCAGAGCGCCGAGUAUGCCUCUGGAGUUCCGCCCACCAUUGGAGAGGAGGUUAUCAGUCCCCACAAGACCCAGGUCUAUGGCAGUUCACCCAAGGCCACCGUGGAUGGAGUUUACAUUGCCAAUGGUCACGAUGAGCCGCCGCAUGUGGGUCGCAAGCUAAGCUGGAAGAGCUUCUUGGUGUCCUUCCUGGUGGAUGCCCGUGGAGGAGCAAUGCGCGGUUGUCGGCACAGUGGCGUCCGCAUGAUCAUCCCUUCGAGGUCCACUUGUCAGCCAACCAGGGUAACCUGUCGUUAUGUGAAGCCGCAGCGCACCAUGCAUCCGCCCCAGUUGAUGGAGGGCGAGGCUUUGGCCAGUCGUGUCCUGGAACUGGGUCCAUGCUCUACCAAGUUUAUUGGGCCAGUGGUCAUGGAGGUGCCGCACUUUGCAUCGCUGCGUGGCAAGGAGCGCGAGAUCAUCAUACUGCGAUCGGACAAUGGAGAAACAUGGCGGGAGCACACCAUCGAUAACUCCGAGGAGAUCAUACACGAUGUCCUGCAGCAGUGCUUUGAGCCAGAGGAGAUUGCCCAACUGGAGGAGCAGGCUGGCAACCAUGUCUGCCGUUUUGUCACCUACGACUUCCCCCAGUACUUCGCCGUCGUAUCGCGCAUACGCCAGGAGGUCCAUGCCAUUGGACCGGAGGGCGGCAUGGUGUCCAGCACCGUGGUGCCACAGGUGCAGGCCGUCUUCCCACAGGGAGCCCUCACCAAGAAGAUCAAAGUUGGCUUACAGGCCCAACCGGUCGAUCCCGAUCUCACGGCGAAGCUUUUGGGUCGCGGCGUGGCCGUAUCCCCAAUUGUUACGGUCGAGCCGCGUCGCCGUAAAUUCCACAAGGCCAUCACCCUCAGCAUGCCCGCACCCAAGGCUCACAGCCAGGGUAUGAUCAACCAGUAUUCGGGCAAUACGCCCACCCUGCGUCUGCUAUGCUCCAUCACAGGCGGACCAUCUCGUGCUCAAUGGGAAGAUGUCACCGGUUCCACGCCCUUGACAUUUGUCAAUGACUGCGUCUCCUUUACGACCACAGUGUCAGCUCGUUUCUGGCUGAUGGAUUGCCGCAACAUUUCGGAUGCCACCAAAAUGGCCACUGAACUGUACAAGGAAGUCAUCCAUGUGCCGUUUAUUGCCAAGUUUGUGGUAUUCGCCAAGAAGGUUGAACCAUUCGAAGCUAGACUCCGGGUCUUUUGCAUGACCGACGAUCGUGAGGACAAAACUCUGGAGAAGCAUGAGCUCUACACGGAAGUGGCCAAGAGCCGUGAUGUCGAGGUCCUCGAGGGCAAGCCGCAGUACAUCGAGAUGGCUGGCAAUCUGGUUCCAGUGACCAAAUCUGGCGACCAGCUCCAGGUGCAAUUCAAGGCGUUCCGAGAGAACCGCCUACCGUUCACAGUACGAGUCAAGGAUCAACAUGCCGACAUUGUUGGACGCACUUUGUUCAUGAAGGAACCGAAGGUGGCCAAGGGCGAGCCACCGCAACAGCCCAUCUGCAUCCUGAACAUCGUUCUUCCGGAGGCUGUAAUUCCGGAUUCCACGACCGCCUUUUCGGACCGCGUCACCUCCGCCUACAGGACCUCAAUGUUUAGCUUGAGCAAGCAUCAAAAUGACCAUUACAUUGGCGACAUCCGCAUCGUCGAUCUAUCCAACCUGUUGGGUAAGGAUUGGAUUCAGCUGGCCCCGGAGAUUGGCAUCAAUGGGGAGGAGAUCGAUGAGAUCAUCAACCAAAACACAGACAGCAUCGCCAGGCAGGCUCAGAGCAUGAUUCGCCUGUAUAAGGACAAACCUAACUACGAUAUUCUUUCGCUGGAAACGGCUCUCAAAAACAUUGGACGAGACGACAUCAUGAAAAAGUGCAAGAGUGGACGACUAUCGCAUUCGCGUGAAUUCGACGAGGCGGAUCUUAUGAAGAACUCGGAGUCCGUGGAGGAACUGGUUCGCCGGGAAAUUCUCCCCUUAGGCAAGCGAAUCCAGCAAAUUAACGAACGCGAAGAAGUCAAAUACUCUGCCGAGGAGAAGGAGGUCGAGGAAUCGGAGUCUGAUGAAGAAGCUGCCAAGCGAACAGUUGCCGAACGGCGGGAAAAGAUUGUUAAGCGUCUGUCCAUCGAACGAUCAAUUCCUGCCUCCACUCAGAAAAAAGAGAUCACCCGCGAAAUAACCGAAAUCAAGCGUAAGAGUCUAAUCGAGGACAAGAAGGCUCAUCAUGAGUCCGAAAUUCUGAUGCAACUGCCUGCCGAUAACGUGAUUAUCAAGACAACAACUGUUCCCGACCAAGUCAUUAAGAUGAAGAUGGGCAAGAUGGACUCAACCGAGGUAAGCAAGAGCGAGUUCGACAAGGAACUUACGCACAAGUUCAAGACAUCCGGACGUAGCUCAGAGGAGGAAGACCAGCCAUCGUCACCAGAUCAGACUGACAAGAUUGUCCAGGACAUUAGUGCUGCCGAAAAGAAGGAGAAGGAUGGCGUGACCUUCAGCCGAGUGACGACAAUAACCCGCCAAGAGGCCCGCGACAUUACCGAAGACUUCUUAGAGAUUGAGAAGCGAAGCCAGCUUCCGGCAACUUCCACAACCGCAACAGUUCAUGAGAAGUUCGUUGAGGAGAUCAAGGAGAAGACCAGCCCUCUGGCUUCAGUGCCUCAAGAAACAGUCAAGGAGGUGCAACAAGUCAUCAGCGAGGUGACCGAAAUAGCCAGCAAGAAGGUUGAAAACAUUAUUAGCUCCUUUGAGAGUAGCAAGUCUGUGGAUGCUACUCCCGUUCUGCCCACACAGCCGUCUGUCGAAUCAUCGAAGGUUAGCGAGACCAUUAAAAACCUGGAGGAUUCAAAGGCCGUGACUGCGGAGCAAGUGAAGACUGUCCAGGUUAUCGAGAGCUCAAGUAUUGAGGAGACAAUUGCUGAAUUUGAAGCCAAGAAGGUCAAAUAUGACUUCCAUGGCGGUGAGCCCAAGACUCAGAUCCCAAAGUUUACGCGGAAGCCUAGCGAUGACUCGAUGAAGCCUACCGCAGCUCCCCGUGCUACAGUUGAAUCCGAAACUGAAUCGGUCAUCGAGGCUAAGGUUGAAAAACCGAUCUCAAAGAUACCAGUCAAGACAAUACCAACCGAAGCUCAGAAGGUUAGCGAAGUAGAUGCACGUAAGAUUACUCAAGACUUCCUCCAGGGUGAGAAACUUGCGGCCGAACCCAAGCCAUCGCCGGCAGCCAGCAAGAUACCCAAGGUGGAGCCGAGGAAAUCUGUGGAUAAGCAGGUCGAUCGGGAAUCAAAAGUAUUGGAUGAUGUUGUGGCCUCUACGGCCACCAUUAUGACCGCCGGACUGGGAGGUGAGCAGCUCAAAGAUCAACUCGUCGAUCACUCUGAAAUUAUCGCCAAGUCCGAAACAGUCGCCGAAAAGGUAACCGAACUGCUUGACACAUUCCACAAGAUCGAGGAGAAGGUCACCAAAUCUGAAAAAACCUCGGAAAUAUCGAGCAAAGUGGAGGAACUAGUUAAAAUCGAGGACAAACCUCUCUUACAAGUUCAACCCAAGGAGGACAAGGUGGCGCAAAAGGUUGCUGAAGUUAUCGAUACAUUCCACAAAAUCGAGGAGCAGAUCACUACUGCCGAUGCCCGCCAGCUCACUCGUGAUUUCCUGAGCAUGGAGAAACAAAACCAAUUGCCGAGCAUGCCUCAAGCUGCCGAGAAGCCCCUUGAAUCUAGUUUGACAUCCACAAGUGCUUCGGAACCAGAAUCAAUAGUCACAGUGAAGCCAUCACCCCCAGCGAGUAAGAUACCUGUAGUGGAACCCAGGAAAAUCGUUUUCGACGAAUCUACAAAGCCUCUGAUCGAACCAGAGCCAGUGAAGACCACUGAAAAGAAGCCUCUUAAUGAGCGACAACUAACCGCUGAUUUCUUGAGCAUGGAGCAACAAACCCAGCUGGUCUCUGAGCCUGCCAAAUCGUUGGUGGAAGAGGUGAUGAAGUCCGCCGAGCAAAUGGUGGAGCAACCAAAACAGCAAAAGCCCCUGAAUGAGCGACAAAUUACAGAGGACUUCCUGCUUAUGGAACAGCAGACACAACUGCCUUCAGACAUUGUUAAGCCAACGGAUAAGCUGAUCGAUGGUAUUGAGUCUGCAGCGCCGGUUGGAGAUGAAGCAUCACCGUUCCACACGCCCAAGCUGACCACCAGUGUGGUGACACAGGAGCCACAGCAACUGGCGAGCGAAUAUGACAGUGACACUUUCGGCAAACAGGCCACCAUGCCGUUAGGAGACUCAAAGAUGGACCAGGGACUCACUGCACCUGUAUCCAUGGAGCCACGAAAGUCACUGACCGAUGCCGAGUUCUGCAAAUCGGUGGGCGAAACAAUCACCAAGAAGAUGAGUGUGGGAGUGAUUGAAAUAAGUGAUGAGCUCAAGAAAAUUGAGAGCGAAAUCCCACAUUCCCAGACUCCUCCGCCAACACCGAGUGACAACAAAACCGACAAGCAGAACGAAGAGCCAGAACUGAUCAGCUUGGAACGUGAUUAUCUGGCCGACACUGUGACCACCCUGCACACAACUACAGAGUCGACCCUCGAACGCGUUUCUGCCAUUACCAAAAUUGAAACCCUUCAGGAAAGAAAAGUAGACCUAUCCAGUCUGGACACCGCAAAGAUCUCACAUGAAAUUGGUGAUGUUAAAGUUGGUGGUGGUGAUGAUGAUAGUGAUGGCGAAGGUGGAGAUCUUGUGGCACGCAUUCGCGAGGAAGCCAAUAUUCUGGUGGAUCGCGUACUUGAAGAAAGUGUCGAGAUCAUUGAGAGUCAAGGCCAUCAGGCCAAUGGCCACGAGAUCGCUAAGCUGGACUACAACUCAGAAAGUGAGAAUUAUGCCAUCACAUGCGACGAUAUCGGCGGCGUCGAUGUUAUCAAAUCGCCCACCAUUGAGUCCAUGUCGGGCAAGUCGUUUGACGACAACAUGAGCUUCACCGACGAGCAUAUACAUUUACCCUUGCAUGCCCAGAACACGACCACCACCAUGACAACGACAAUUACCACUCAGUUCCAACAGCAGCAGUCCCAGUCUGCUGUCCCAAGUACAUCGGCGGCAAAAGAUCCGGUUGCAGUUCUCGAAUCCGUACCCGUAUCAUUUCCAGUAGCGAGUAGUCGAAAUCAGGCUGAAGACGAGAACGAAACGCGAGCCAGGCGCAUUGAUCGUAAGAUCGAGAAACUAUCCACGGACAUGGACGAUGUAAGCGCUAAGUUCGAUGAGGCGUUUGAGAUGUCGGUGCCCGAGGACGAGAUCAGCGCCCUGCAGGGCGACUUUUCCAAACUUAGCUGGGACGAAAGCGUUUCGCCCACGACCAACACCAUGGCCGAUAUGGCACAAAACCAAAUAACUCCCGAUAACGAUAUACAAGAUCUCAUCGCAGAAACAGGCGGCGAUUUACCAAACUCAAGUGAAACCGAUACCACUCCCGUACCACCGUCGAAAGAAUCGGAAAGCAAAACCGAAACUGAGCCGGCGGUAGUAACCAAUGCAUUCACUACCACCAGCCACGAUACACCCACACCAAAACCAAGAGUACUCAAAGCAAGCUCCCCCGUCUCCGAAGGCACCGAUAGCACUACCAUUCCUGGCCCAGUGCCCAAGCCCGAAAUACCGAUUGAUAUUAGUUUUGAUGCCACCGCACCGGUUCCAAAGCCGCGUGCCCCUAUCAAGCACACGGAACCUUUUGAAAACCUGGCUGCCCUAGCUGAACAGUCCGAUAGCAUUAGUCUGAGGAGUUUUGAGCUCACAGAGGACAUUUCCAAGACGGACGAGCCCUCCACAGAGCUCUCUAUUCGGUCCCAGCUUCGGGACAUAGUCACCACCACCACUGUUUCGGAGGACCACACCGAAAGCUUCGAGCCAACGAGUGAGAUUUCUGUCGAUGAUGCCGACACUGAAAAGUCUGAGGGUGCCGAAAAGACCACUAGCUUUUAUAUUGGGGAAUCAAGUCGUAAUGUUAUCAUCAAGACCUCGACGAGAUCUGCAAGUGUAACACCGCAAGAGGAGGAAGCUCAGGGCGAAAUUGGAAUUGAUGCUAAGGAUAUUUCCCUAAUGAAGGAGGUCUCUGUUGACUCUGACGAAGCCAACGAUGUUUUCAAAGAGUUUAUCACGAUGAAGCCAGAAGAUCCUACAGCAAUGGACAGCAAGAUAACCAGACAAGGCUCGGAAACUCGGAAUGACAUACUUGAAUUUGAGAAUGCUGAUAAGGACAAGACUGCAGAGCAAAAGUUAUCCAAGGUAACGACCGAGGAGAGCUUGACCACAUCCACCGGAUCCAGCGGUCGAGCCAUCAUUGAAAUAGCUCCUUCGAGCAGCGAAGAUCCUGAUGAGUCCAGUAAGGAAAUUCCGGAAAUUGUAAAUACAAUCUCAGAGAAGGCAGCCUCCACUGAUAAGUUUGAAUUGCCCUUAGAAAAAAGUGAGUGGGAAACAUCAGAAAAAGAAAUCCCAACUGAGGGCAAACCAAAAGUAGUUCACUCGCCUCAACAACCCCAAGAAGCCAGCAUGAAGAGUACGCUGGAUAAGUUUCACGUAGAUGAAAUUCUUGCCGAAGGACAGGUAUCAGAGGAUCACUCCAGUAGUGAUCACAAGUCGUUUAAGGAGGAGAAAGACUUAAUCCCUUCAGAACUUGGAUCGAGUACCGUGCCUCAGGAAUACACUUUUGCAGUUGAGAACGAGGACAUCUCUUCAUUCAUAGGCAUACCAGAAGCAAGCAUGCAGACCUCCACUUUGGAUAGUACACAGCCUCCAGAGGGUCUGUUCGACACCACAAUCAAGGAGACCCUCAAUAAACAAGCUGCCAUGGCCCAUUAUGCCCAAGAUGUCUUUGGCAGAGGGGAAAGACGCGAUGACCUAGGUUUCAUUUCCACCGGCACAGCCGAAGAGUUGAGCUCCAUGGAAGAGCACGUGGCAAAGGAGGAACAAGCCUCAUUGGGCUUCAUUUCCACUGAAACCGCCGAGGAUUUCAGUUCCAUGGAAGAUUAUUAUUCCGAGAAAUUGGCCGUCGCAAGUGUGGUUGCUGAUGAGGUUGCAACCGAAAAGUCCUUAACAACUAGCACUUUUGAAGAGCUUUCGUCUGAUCAAUCCAUGAGACCAAUUGAUGUUGUGGUUCAUCGACUUAAAACCGAGACAUCGCCGGAUUCCAUUAACCGUUGGUCUAUUCCCGAUGUAGACACCUCCAGCUCAAGCGAGAGCUUCCACAGAAGCUUCGACAAGACUCAAAGUCGACCUUUGUCUUCAGACUUGGAUAACCUAGUGACCACCACAGGCACUGGUACCUCAAGUGAUUACCAAACCGCAAGGGAAUUCACCACCACUGGCCGCACGGAGGGAACCGAAUAUAUUAGUGCAGUCAGCACACUCGGAAGCAGUAGCUUAGAUUCACAGUCGGAGACUUCGGCCAAUUUGGCCAGCAUUGAUGUGUCCGAGCUGUCGGAGACGUUGGUGGCCUCCUCUGCCGAAGUCGAUGCUUUUGAAGCCGAAGAGAUGUCGCGUCUGCGCGAUCUUCAAGCUGAUGACGAGGACAGUGAUGAGAGUGUAGAACUUCCGGGAACUGCCUAUCCAACUAGCGAACAGCAAAGCCUGAUGAAGCGCUCCCAGGAAAUGAUUUUCAAGCCAAAAAGUCUGGACGAGGAGCCCUUGCCCGUAGAGGUGGCGCAAAUCGAGGAAUAUCCCAAGCCAAAGGAGGCAGAGCGCACAUGGGGCCUGGCCUAUCCUCUGGAGGACAGCAAGGUGGAUAGUCCGCGGGAGAGUGAAAAAGGCGAGGACAUUCUGUUGUAUCACGGAGAUCCACGUCGGUCCAUUGACGAGUCCAAGUUGGCCUCUAGCCUGGACGAAGGCAGUAUUCUUUCCGUGAGCAUGUCAAGCACAUCCAACAUUGAUACCGUUGUAGAGAACUUUGAUGAUAUUAUUGGAUCCGCCGGAUCCUCUUCAUUGACCGGUAUCGAGGGUUUCCAGUACGGCCAUGACGAGUCUAUUCCAUCUGCCUCAGUGCCGGAAGAUGCCACAUUCAUGCUGGAAAUGGAGAGCAAGGAACAUUCACCGCAGGAUUCUAAUGCCAGUACUCCCCCGGGAGGGGAAUCAAAACGCCGGGGUCACAAGCGAAAUGAGAGCAUUUCGGGAGAUGCCUUGAAAAACUUGGACAAGGAAGUUGCAUUACUGGGUGAAGGCAAGGAAUCGGAAAGCGAAUCUGACACGGAUCCCUACGAAUCGGAAUAUGCCCGCCAGUUCCGUUCCCCCAAAGAACGAAAGAGCAAAAAGAAGAAACAGGCGGCAGCCGAAAUGGAUCAUAGUGGCGAACUGGAAAAGCGUCCAUUUACACCAUCCCAGUUGGUAGCCGAGGUUAUCGUGGAGGACAGUAUCACAGAGGAGUUAGAGGCAGAGGCAGCGAUGAUCGAGGAGCGCCGCCCUUCCCAAAAUAUGCAGGACUAUUCAAACAUUCCCGACAUAAUGGUCACGGAGGACAUCAAAUCGCCCAUUCUGGAGGAAGAGACCGACGAGUUUCCCGAAAAAAUACUCUACAAAGUGCGCACCGAGGAGGAAUUGCACAAGGCAAGCGACACCUCGGUAUAUCAGAAGGCUAAGGCCGAGGAGAAGGAGCAGGACUUUCAGCGACGAGUGCAGGAACAAUACCGCCAGAAGCUCGAGGAACUGAAGCGCGCCGAAGUUGGAGCCGAAUACGAUGAUCGCAAGGCUCCUGAUUCACCAGACUCCUUUGAAAUGGUCGAACAACCCGAUAUCUCGGAUGAAUUCGUUAUUAUCGAGGAGGUGGCCAAGGAGGCCAACGAAGUAGAUCUGGGCGGUCAGAGCAUUAAGAUUAAGCAAAUUAAGUACGAGCAAAAGCACGACGAGGAUGUUGAGAAGAUCAUCAUUAAGUCAGCGCCUGCGGAUCCCAAGCUCGGAUCACAACUCUACAAGGAUGACCUGAACUUUGAGUUCGAGGAAAGUCCUCCCACUGGAGCCAGCAGUAGUAGCGAACAGCAGGAGGAGAGCGAUUCCAGUGAAACGGCAGCUGCCAACAAGCGCUGGGUUGAGAUGCAGUUGACCGACAACCAGUUGCGAUAUCCUUAUGAUUUAGCCGGAGCCGUAUUGGAGGACAUUAAAGAGGAAGACGGAGAGUUCGAGGUGGGCAGCAGCCGUAUCAGCAGCUUCAAGGAUUCCUUUUCGAGCACCCCCGAGUACGAUGUGGCGGCACGGCGAUAUCAUUCACGUGGCGAGCACGACGAUGUCUCAAUGAGUAGUCUGCAGGAGUUUGAGUCCCUGGAGCAAGCCAUUUCCCUAGAGAACCGAAAUCGCACACACCAAGGUUCCACUGAUUCGAGCAAUGGAAGCUUCACCCGCCGAUAUGUGGUUCGUCACAGUGGCAGUGGAACUGCACCCGGUGACGAUGUAUCGGUCUCAAGUCUCAAAGACUUUGAAGGUCUCGAGAAUGCCUGCAUCGAAGCCCACCUGAUAGAGAUCAAGGCCAGGGAGGAAGCUGCUCUACUUUCGCGCUCUGAUGAGUCUAAUAAAUCCAAUGGCAGCGAUAAAGGAGCCACGGGUAAUGUUGUGGUGACCAAGGUUACCCGCACAGUAACCCGCACCGAAGUGGUGCCCUCAAGUCAAGUCGAAGCCCUGCUGAAGCAGAAGCUGGAGCGGGAGGAAGGAUCUGUUCAAGGAAGAGUCACCGACAUGGGCACCACUGAGUUGGAUACCAAGUCUAAGAUCGACAGCCAGGAUUCCGAAAAGGAUAGCAUCGAUAGCAUGGAGAUCAGCAAGAGUCAUGACAUGAUGACCAGCAGCAUCGAGAGCUUCGACAUCUCCAAGGACGCCACCACGAGAUCAGACAUUGAUUCCCUGGAGAUCGACAAGCGACACUCGCGACAGGAGAGCAUAGAAUCCUUCGGCGACGAGCAGUUGGAUCUCAUGACCAAGUUCGUUAGCGGCGGAGGAGUGACACUGGGUGAUGGACUGACCACCACCACGACCACGACUACCACCAGCACGGAUGCCGAUGGACACGAACACACGGUGACCAGGGUGAUAACCACAACAACAAAUGUGGGCGGUGGCAUUCAGGAACUUCCAAUGGAUGAGUCCGGCAUGUCAAAGGACGUGUCGGUGGAUUCCCUAAACAUGUGCGUGGAGCAAACAACCAGUUCGGCUGGCACAACGGCCACCUACCAAACCAGCGCUGGUAACUCCCAGAUGUCCGGGAGCGUAACCAGCUGUGCGUCCAGCACUCUCAUGGAGGAUUCGUUCCCUGGUGUGGGUGGCAUGUCGUCGUCGCAAAUGUCGGCCAGUUUUUGGUCUCACGAUGAAUCCACGGUGGUCGAGGACGAAGGACGCGAUCUCGCCAAGAAGCCACAACAGGGCCACUAAACGCUGGACGGGAUUAGGAGAGAGAGAGAAAGAGAAAACGAGAGGGAGAAGAAAAGAGAUAUAUAUAUGAGAUGUCACACGUAAUCCCAUAUGAAAAUGGGGCUUGAACGGUGACUUAGAAUAUUUGGCUAGACAAGGCGCUCUUCUAGACGCAGCACCAAAUGCAGGAAUCUCUGGACGAGGAACGCAUCUUUACCGGCUCUGAAAACAUCACCGAUUUCAAAUCGAACAGCGAGAGGGAUUUAUUAAUUAGCAAAUUUGACAUUUUCCAUCUACACACAGACACACACACACACACACACAUUUUUAAUGAUAUUGAAGUGCAUACACGAGUUUUUAAAGGCAAAUAUAUAUAUUUUAUAUAUUUAUAAAAACUAUAAAAUCGCAAACAUGAAUACGAAUAUGAAUAUAUGGCAAGCAUUAGCCAUUCAACGCAUUUUCUUAUUGGCUUUAAUGUUUGAAAAUUAAUAAAAGUUACGGCAAAAACAGAAAAUCUUUGUGCUAGGCGUUGUAAUGGAAUACACCUUUGCUUUUAAUUUGAUGUAGUUAUUAUAUAUGUACAUGUACGAAGGAUACUUAUUAUUAAAUGAAUCGCUUAUUAUUGUAGUUUAAUUUAAGCAAUUAUACAAACGCAUGUGAAAAAGGGGACGCAAUGAAAUAGUUGAAGCGUGGCAAGUGAAAUGCUUUUAAAGUCUCAUUUUUUUACAAGAACCAAGCAAAUUUUUUCGCUUGCAUAUUUUAACAGUGAAAUAUACAUAAAUAUACAAUCUGAAAACCAGUGCAUAGAUCAAAUUUAAAGCAUAUACAGACAAGAUAUGAAAUUAAUUCGCAUAGAAAUACAACAAAAACAGCCAUAAAGUGUAUCGCUAAUUUUCGUAAUGCACAUCUUGCGUGUACGAGUAUUCGUCAAAGAACCUACUUAUUGAAAGGAUUUAAACGUUUUAGCAUCACCACUGUAAUGGAAUAUGAAUAAAACUAAUAUUUGUGUUAAAAACAUACAAGAAAUAUUAAAAAAAAAAAAAAACAUUAUUGUAUUGUAAACCCACACGCGUAUGAAUAACCAAAUAAAAUGCUUAAUACAAUU